CGAACAAAUUCCCAGUUUGCAUUCUUUCUCAUCCAGAAAACGAUAUCAGAAGCACGUAGAUUUCGCCCCUGCGGCACUGCCUCCUUCUGACUUCGGCUAUUUAUUUCAUUCUCUCUUAUUUAAGGACAAGAGCAAAUCUAUCUUGUACUAAAUGGAACAUCUUUUGGGACUUUUGAGAAUUCACGUCCACAGAGGAGUGAACCUCGCAAUCCGAGACCUCCGAAGCAGUGAUCCUUAUGUUGUCAUCAGAAUGGGCAAACAUAAACUGAAAACUCGGGUGGUCAAGAGGAACCUGAACCCGGAGUGGAACGACGAUCUGACUCUCUCGAUUGCCGACCCGAGCCUCUCCAUAAAAUUGAUGGUGUACGACAAGGACAAAUUCAAACUUGACGACAAGAUGGGGGACGCCGAGAUACACAUCGGACCCUUUCUUGAUGCGUUGAGGAUGAGAUUGGAUGAUGUCCAGAGUGGAACCGUGAUCGCCAGAGUGAAGCGAGGCAGGGACAACUGCUUGGCAGAGGAGAGCUGUAUCGGGUGGAGUGAUGGCAAAGUGGUGCAGGACAUGGUGCUCCGGCUCCGCAAUGUGGAGCGUGGUGAGGUUGAGCUCCAACUUCAGUGGAUCGACGUUCCCGGUUCCAGGGGCCUGCAGGAGGACUAGUUCUGUCAAAUUUGAUCAUUGUGAGUUCACUUCAACGUACAGAGAAAGCUCUGAAUGAGUCCUCAAUCAUUAUUUGAUUCUUUUUUAACUUUUCGGGCAUGUAAGAUGAGACACUUUUGAGUUUCAAUGUAUCAAUCCCAGGUCACUACACCAGUUUGGUAGCGAGUGCGGGUUUUUUUUAUCUUCUUUCCAUGAAUUAACGUAAGUAAUGAUUCUCUCUCCAUGGUAGAGCUUUCUCUGUCCCCUCCAUGUCAGCUGAUCUUAACAAGUGAUUAAGCCUUUUCAAGCGACAGAGUCGCAGCCCUGUGUAAAAGAAUUAGGGAAACCACGGUUAAAUGAAGACAUGGCAAUAAUGGAUGGAGUGGUCACAACUCCGGGAAUACCAACAUAUCCUAUAUAGCAGACUGUUGUCAAAACCUGGUAUCAACAUCAACGCCUUUCAGAGCACCAUGAGGAAAGACUGAAAGGCUUUCCGCCUUUCUGUUACUCAUGUGGGAAAAUAGGUCAUCACGUGGGAUGCUGCAAAGAGAUUGCCUAUGAUGAAUCUAAUGCAGGGAAUAGAAAUGGAAGUCGCUCUCGGCAGUGAUUGAGAGUUGAGAUUGGAGAUUCAAGCCCAUUUUGGAAGAUUUUUCACUCCAAGGAAGCUGUGGUAAAUGAGGAAGAAGAGGUUAUACCUGAAUCCCCCUUUCAUCCAAUGCAAAUUGUCCCUUAUGGGAAUCCAGAACCCAUUCCUGAUUGGGAAACAGACAUGGGUCAGUGUGCUUUAGGUUUAUAAGAUAAAGCAACCCGCCCCUUCUAGUUAUAUAAGAGGAAAACCAGUUGUUUUGAGUGAUGAGAACCUGAGCCAGUGUUUGGAAGAAUCACCAAACCUGAAACAUUCUGCAGGCAAAGCUAAGGUUCGAAAAAAUCAAGUUCAUAUGAACCUUAUGGAAUGAAGAAGACUCCAAAGUUGUGCUUGGUUUGAUGAAUCUCAGCUGAUGGAAACUCCAAAAGAGUUCACCUUUGAAAGAUAGAUUUCAGCGUUACAA